AUGGAUGCAGCACGGUACAAAAGGCAGAAGGUGAUGGUCGCCUGUGAUCCCUGCCGCAACCGAAAGGUUAAAUGCGACGGCUGUGAGCCUGUGUGUGCGCCUUGUCGAAAGAAAUCCAGCAACAGCGCGCUGUGCACAUGGAGCGGCGGCGCUGGGCGGACCGAUAUACCGACCGACAAAGUCAAAUGGCUCGACGAACGGAUUCGACAGCUCGAGCACCGCAACGAGAUUCAAGCCGGCGAGAAUCAAAUAGAACACACCGAGUUUGAUCGAUCGAUCUUGGAGGUAGCCGGGGUCCGCCAAUCUCCUCGCGCGGGAUCCAUUGCCUCAAUCCAGCCAUCUGCGGCUUCGCCGCCUUGUCAGGAUAUGGCAUGUGAAUCCACAGCGAGGGUGAAACCGUACUUUGCAAGCAUCAAUCCAACUAGUUCUACCAUGUCGAAUGCCAAUAUACAGCCGCAGGAACCGCUGCCAUCAGUCGACAGCGUGCCUCCGUCGAAUGACCAGUCGGUCCAUGCUAUCAUAGGCGCCACGGUGGAGGAGCAGUAUAAAGAAGGCUUUUUCGGUAGUUCCAGCGCGGGGAGGUUUAUGCAGAGCGUCAAGAUGAUGGUCGAGCAACGGCAGACUGGAGCGAAUCCGACUCGACAGCCUCUUGCACGGUGGGCUCACAACGACCAGCCCUUGCUAUUUCCGAGGAGCGAGGUCGAUGGGAAGCAUGUAGACUAUUCGCUGCCUCUUCGGAAAAAAGCGGAUUGCCUGAUGGCUGUGUAUUGGAAAUACGUACAUACUCUCUAUCCGUUUCUCGAUGCCGUACAGACGCAGGAAGAGUAUGAGCGUCUCUGGAGAGGCGACAGCUCGGUUUCGGAGGAAAGAUCGUUCCUGUGUCUCCUUAAUGCCAUAUUUGCACUCUCUAGCCAGCUCAGCCCGUCAGACGCGCCAGAAGAGCGAGAGCGCAUGGCUGCAACAUUUUACCUCCGAGCCAGGCAACAGCUUGAUCUGCUGGGAACGGGCUCGGUUCGUUCGGUCCAGUCACUCCUUCUCCUGGGAAUGUAUUGCCAGAGCACUAACAAUCCCCACCACUGCUGGAUGUUUAUGGGAUAUGGAAUACGCACUGCGCAGAGCCUUGGGCUCCAUUUGCGCGAAACGAGCGAACGCGCGCCCAACAUACGGACGAGGGAAACACUACGCAGAGUGUGGCAUGGUUGUGUAAUGAUGGAUAGAAUUCUGGCCAUGACCUAUGGCCGGCCGUGCGGAAUAGGCCCCCGGAUGGCCGCUGCUGUGCCUCUUCCAGUGUCCAUGAAUGAGGAGCAGCUUCUUCCAGGAGCAGCUCGGCAGGGGGGCUCCCACGAAGAUGACCCGCACGUCAUUGAAUUCUUUAUACACUCUCUGAGAUUGUAUGAGAUCCUGCAGGAUAUCCUCUACAACUUGAACUCCCCUGAUGUCCAACAAGCACAGUCUAUCGAUGACCUAUACGAGACGUACUUUGGAAACUCCUUCUCGGACCAAAGGCAACUUUCUAUCCUCGGCUUUGAGCGAAAACUGACCCGGUGGGAGGAAAGCAUACCUGAGCAUUUGAAGAUCGGAAAACCACGUUCAUAUGAUGGCCAAGAAGCUAUCUUUCAUCGUCAAGCAGUCGUUCUUCAUCAGAGACAUCUCUAUAUACGACUCUUGUUGUUACGACCCGUCCUCUCUUCCUUCAUUACCUCUGAAUACCGUGAUAUGGAGACCCCCACUUCUUUGCUGAGAGUGCUCCCGCGCCGAAUCUUCCUGCAAUGCGCGGUAGUUUGUGUCAAGGUCGCGCAAGAUGCUAUUGAGACAGUGUACAACAGGCGAGCCACGAACACUGGUGAGAUAGGAUAUCUGUCCGCGUGGUGGUAUAACGUGUUAUUCCUGUAUACGUCAGCAACGGUUCUCAUUGCUGCCCGACUCAGCCCAUCCAUCCUGGCCGAGUUAUCGGAAGCGUCAAUUCUGGACUCCUCAUUGAAGACUGUCGAGGCUCUUGAAGGAUACGGCAACUUUGGAACCUCAAUCAGGCGCCUGAUCACAACCUUGCGCCUCUUAUUCGACAUGGUGCCGCAGCAAUACUCGCGACAAAGGAAACACCCUCCUCAGCCGGAGACGUCGAUUAUUCUACCCGAUCAGACUCGAACUUGCGAUGCUUCAGAUCCUCCUCCUCCUCUUUCUCCUAACCGGUGUUCCCCAAAUCCCAUGGGCGGACACCCGGCGGCACCGGUACAUGAGCCUCAAGCUGUAAGGCAGCACCAAAUGCAGGAAAAUAAAAACCCCGCUGGUUCUGAAAUCUUCUGGGGGUUUGAUGAUGCGUUCGAUCCGAAUGAUGUGUCUUGGCUCACGACAGUACCCUCUGAUAGCUUGUCCUACCCUCUAAGCCAAAACGAGUCCGUGUUCCUUUAGUCUUGAACAUUUUCUUUUAUUGAGUGUAUUCUUUGUAUUGUACGUGUCCUUGCAUUGGACGGGUUACUUGGUAUUGGAUCCACAACAAAAUAUACAUAUGUGACGAAGGUAAUUGAGCAGAGCACUCUACGGAACUAACAUGUAUUUUGAUGUCAGCCAUAUUGAUUUUUUCGCCUGGUGUAUGUAGAUAGGGCAUCUAAGCUCCACAAUCUGGACCCGAAUUCUAUCAAUUAAAUGUUGGACAGCCCGUACGUUAGCACAGGGCCUGACCAGUGCGUCUGAUAAAUUAAAGAUCCUUG